CAUGUUGUCUUCCUCUCAGUGGAUAUGAGGAAUGAGGUUUAUGGAAGCUCACUUAUGUGCUUGUCACCUGUUUCUCAAGAAAGUUCUAUAUUCAGAGAGCUGGUGCUGACAGAUGGAGAACAGAGACAGGGCAGCUUUUAUGUCCCAUCUGAAAACUGCAUGCAGCAUGCAUACAAAUGGCAUAGGGACCUCUGUCUUCUGCUCUUGAAUGCUCAAAGAGGACUUCACAUGCACUAUGCCCUCAUAAUGAAGGAGAUUCCUGAUUUACCACAGCUGAAGCUGGAGGAGCUACCUGUGGAAGAGACGUUAUCUCAGCUUUGUACGGAGCUGCAGCUGCUGAGCAAUCCAGAGAAGAUAGCAGAACAGAUAAGCAAGGACCUCGCCUGGCUUUGCUCCCACCUCCUGGCCCUGUGGACACAGUUCCUGGAGGUGACAACGCUCCAUCCAGAAGUCACAGCUUAUCUGACUCAGGAACAUCACAUGCUAAGGGUGAGGAGAUUCUCAGAAGCCUUCUUCUACACCGAGCACCAGAAACACGCCGUGCUCACCUUCCAGGAAGGCCUGAUCCAAAGUCAGGGCCAGAUUUCUACAGAAAUUCGUAGUUCGGAGUACUUCACCAGCAUGCCCCCGCUCCCAGCAGAAUGCCUCGACAUAGAUGGGGACUGGAACACGCUCCCAGUUAUCUUUGAAGAUAGGUACACGGAUACGCCUUGCAAAGAUCAGAAUUUGGAGGUAUUCACAGAUUUUGAGGUUCCUGCCAAUACUCAGAUGGAUGUGAUAGUUGAUAGCAAAGAUUUUGCAUCAAAUGAUGCCACUGCAAUAAUGAAAGGAGACUUUGGGAAAGGUACUUCACUAAUACACACAGACAGGACAAAUGGGAAUCCCUCCUGCAUAUACAGUGGUAUUGAAGGUGCUGCUUAUGCAGCUAAGGGUUUAAACCAGCACUUCACAUCUCAGGUAUGUACAGUGAACAAAGAAGGCCAAAGGAAACCUGAAAAUAUUUUUGUUUCAGGUGAGGAAAAUACUUCUGACUCAGAGCCAGGCAAUACAGCAUGCACAUCAGAAGACUUUAAAACACCUGAGGGAGUUUUAGUAAAAGACAAUAGACUUGUGGCAGAUGUUACCUAUGGAGUUAUGAAACCUAGCAAUAAGGAUUCCCACAGCAGUGAGCCUGUGCUAACCGUCCGUGCUCAGUAUGAGUGUGGAGCAUGUGGAACUGAUGACUUGGAAGACAGGACUGAAAUUCAUAAAACAGAUAAAUCUAAUCAUCCUGAGAAUGCUUCCAGUUCAUCUGAGCUUGCACUGAAUGAAACCAGUCUUGAGAAGACAGGCGAUCUAGACACCAAGGCUCUGCUCCCUGUUUUGAAAACUUUGCCCCCACAUAAUCUUGAAGUGAAGUUGUUCACAAAGGAGCAACGAGGUGAGGAGUGUGAAGAGUUUACCCUGACGUCAGGGGUGAUCAAAAGAUCCUCCUCUAUAAUAUCUGACUCGGGCAUCGAAAGCGAGCCCAGCUCGGUGGCGUGGUCCGACGCUCGCAGCCGGGCGCUGGAGCUGCCCAGCGACCGAGAGGUCCUGCACCACUUGGUCCGGAGACACGCCAUCCACAGGAAUUCCCUGGAGGGGGGCCACACAGAGAGCAACACCAGCUUGCCCAGUGGCAUCCAGGCGUCGCUCACAUCCAUCAGCUCUUUGCCCUUUGAGGAAGAGGAGAGGGAAGUGGAGCUUACCAAGCUGACAAAAUCUGUCUCGGCUCCUCAGAUCAGUAGCCCAGAAGAGCCUGCAGAGGAGGUAGAUAUAUCCAAACACCUGGAAGUAGCCUUGGCAGAUCCAGGAGACAAUGUCGAAAGUUCCAUGGAAAAAGAAGGUGAGGAUGGAAAAUUAAUCUUGGACUUUUCCGAGUGUCAAAUCACCACUGAAAGUGGGCAGCUAGAAUCAAGGGGACAUCCCAAAGUCUCCGUCAAACACAGUAGCAGUAACACUGAGUUACAAGGGGAGGAGGAGAAGGAAGGUUUUCCAGAGACUUACUAUAGUUUGGAAAAUGCAACACCACCCGUUUGUCCAAAACAGCUCCAAGAUAUUGUUUCUGGGUGCCAGUCACUAGAGAGUGAUGGUGAGUGCAGCUUAAAAACACCAAGGGCUUGUCAUUACUUGGACAAAAAUAUAAAUAAGUUGGAUACAUGCACUGAGGAUCCAAAGGAUAAACUUAAGACAGACAGUUUAAAAAUACAACAAGGCUUUUACUCCAAUGGCAGAAUUUCAGGAGAGGAAAGUUUCCCACAAAGCAUAAAGCUGGCACCAGAUUUUUGCUAUCCUGCUCCAGCUGCUUCAGAGACCUCAACGAAAUUUGGCGCGAUGGAAGGGGAGUGUGGUAGCUCUCUUGCUGCUGAGAGCCCAGCAGUGGAUGCAGAAAUGCAGGGCUUACAAGAAAUUGAGCUGAACGACACGCCUGCCUCAGCAGACCCUGCUGCAGGAUCCUCCCAGGCUGGAUAUCCUCAGGAACCCAGCAGCCAAGAGCAGGAACUUGUCGCUAACGGCGCUGGGUUCAAUCUGGCGACGCCGGAGGGAGUGGCCCUGGAGAGCAGAAAGGCUGUGGAUGUGGUGAACCUCUCCGUCUCUUGCACAGCCACAUGUCUUCCCUUUUCCUCUGUGCUCAAAGAGACCCCUGCUAUGAUGGGCUUCUCUGCAAAGCAGGCUGCCUUCCCCAUCACACGCCAGCCCCUGGGCUCCUUCGGAGUUGUCCCUUCUGCUUCAAAUGAGAUGGAUGAAGAGACCAAUGAGAGGAUGCUGAAUUUUUAUCAGGCCAAAGAAAAAUUUAAAAAAGAAAUGAAGAUUGAAGGAUUUCUGUACAGUGACUUAUCUGUACUAGCUUCUGAUAUCCCAUAUUUUCCACCAGAGGAAGAGGAGGAAAAUUUGGAAGAUGGAAUUCACCUGGUUGUCUGUGUCCAUGGAUUGGAUGGUAACAGUGCAGAUCUGCGGCUGGUAAAGACUUUUAUAGAACUGGGUCUUCCAGGUGGAAAACUGGACUUCCUAAUGUCUGAAAGAAAUCAGACUGACACUUUUGCUGAUUUUGAUACCAUGACUGACCGAUUAUUAGAUGAAAUUAUUCAGCAUAUCCAGUUGUACAACCUCUCCAUAUCCCGAAUAAGUUUUAUUGGACAUUCCCUUGGUAACGUCAUCAUUCGUUCUGUACUGACUCGCCCCAGGUUUCGCUAUUACCUCAACAAGUUACACACCUUCCUCUCCCUCUCUGGGCCUCACCUGGGAACCCUUUACAACAACAGUACUUUGGUUAGUACAGGUCUGUGGCUCAUGCAGAAGUUGAAAAAAUCAGGGUCACUUUUGCAACUGACCUUCAGGGACAACGCAGAUUUACGCAAAUGUUUCCUCUAUCAGCUCAGCCAAAAAACGGGUCUCCAGUACUUUAAAAAUGUUGUGUUGGUGGCCUCACCCCAAGACAGAUAUGUACCUUUCCACUCAGCAAGAAUAGAAAUGUGCAAAAAUGCACUUAAGGACAGACACACAGGUCCCGUGUAUGCAGAAAUGAUUAACAACCUACUGCAGCCUCUGAUUGAGGCAAAGGACUGCACUUUGAUCAGACACAACGUGUUCCAUGCUCUGCCAAACACCGCCAACACGCUGAUAGGCCGGGCUGCCCACAUCGCCGUGCUGGACUCCGAACUUUUCCUGGAGAAGUUUUUCCUCGUGGCAGGACUCAACUACUUUAAAUAG